AUGGAUAAUUACAUCAGUGAUGAUGACAUAGAUGAUGACUUUGAUACCCAGCUCAUCAUUCAACAGAGUUUACAGGAUAUUUACAAGCCAGGGACUGCACAGCAGCCAUCUGAAGAUGAGAGCUUGCAUCCCUUCUUGAGUGCUGACUGUAAGAAGAUAGUUGGAGCAAUAAAGACAGGUGAGGAAGAAACACUGUCACAAUUGACCAGAUACUAUUCUGCUUUUGAUGAAGCAGAUGAGAUAGGCUGGCUUCCUUUGCAUAAGGCUGCAGUACAUUUAAAUAAGAACAUUUUGGAAAUAACCCUGAAAGCUUCAAAACCCAGUGCAUGCGAGCAAACCACCCAUAAUGGUGAGACACCACUUUUUUUGGCUGUUAGCAACUGUCUUUUAGAAAAUGCAAGUUUUCUUCUUCUCAAUGGCUGCAAUCCAAAUGCCAAGAAUUUUGAAGGCAGUUCUCCUCUUCUUACAGCUGUUUUCCAUGACUCUUAUGACAUGGCUGCCUUGCUGAUCAGCCAUGGGGCAGAUGUCAACCUGCGGUGUGCCAAUGAGAGGACAGCUCUCCAUGAAGCAGCCAAGCUGGGCAGACAAGACAUGGUGAAACUUCUGCUGGUUUCUGGUGCACAUCCUGAUCCACAAAGCUCCUAUGGAUUUACUCCUCUUGCUCUUGCAGCCCAAAGUGGACAUACUGAAGUCAUGGAAAUACUACUACAGAAAGGAGCCAAUGCUCUUGGUCAGGCUUCUGACUCAUCUUCCAUCUUACUUGAAGCUGCUAGAGGAGGAAAUCCAGACUCUGUGACUUUGUUACUAGAGUAUGGAGCUGAUGCCAACAUCCCCAAGAAUUCAGGCCACCUGCCCAUUCAUGUGGCAGCUGACAGAGGCCACUUGUUAGCUCUGAAGAUUUUAGUUCCAAUUACGGAUUUUGCUGCCAUUAAACAGAGUGGCAUCAGUCCAGUUCACUGUGCAGCAGCAGGAGCACACCCUCAGUGCCUGGAACUGCUCAUUAAUGCUGGGUUUGACGUGAAUUUCAUGCUAGAUCAGAGAAUUCGCAAACACUAUGAUGACCACAGGAAAUCAGCUUUGUAUUUUGCUGUUUCAAAUGCUGACUUAUCUUCAGUCAAGCUGCUUCUAAAUGCUGGAGCUCUGCCUAAUCAAGACCCAGUUAAUUGCCUCCAGAUAGCCCUAAGGAUGGGCAACUACGAACUGAUCAGUAUGCUGCUACGACAUGGGGCUAACGUCAAUUACUUCUGCAGAGUCAAUCCUUUACAUUUCCCAUCAGCACUGCAAUACUCUCUGAAAGAUGAAGUCAUCCUCAGGAUGCUGUUGAAUUAUGGGUAUGACACAGAGCGAUGCUUUGAUUGCCCUCAUGGAGAUAAAGUUCACCCUUUUUAUGCUUUUGAAGGUUGGACGUCUACAGUUAUUAAAGAUACUAUGUUCUGUGAAGUAAUAACUUUGUCAUGGCUGCAACAUCUCUCUGGAAAGGUUGUCCGAGUGAUGCUUGAUUAUGUUGAUCAAGUUCAAAUCUGCUCAAAGUUAAAAGCUGUGCUCCAAAAACAGGGGCUCUGGUCAGAAAUCCACUUUAUUUUGACAAACCCUCGCUCCUUAAAACAUUUGUGUCGCCUAAAGAUCCGGAAGUGUAUGGGACGUUUACAUUUGCGCUGCCCCAUCUUCAUGUCAUUUCUCCCACUACCCAACCGUCUAAAAGAGUAUAUACUUUACAAAGAAUAUGACCUGUAUGGACAAGGAAUUUUCACAGGAACCUGGUAAUAAGGCUAUUUUGGAUAAGAAGGUAAUAAUUCCACCACUGUGUUUCUUAAAAUGUAAAUUAUUAUAUAGGAUUCUUAUUUCUCACUUUA